GGAAGCAGAGGAGGAGGAGGAGGAGGACACUCCUUGGACCUGGCUGGCUCCUCCCGCUCUCGCUCGAGGCUCCGACGCCCAGCCAAAAGCGAAUCCCGGCGGCCGCGCUCGGCAGAGGCUCCCACGGCUCCCGGCCCCGCUGCUCGCCCGAAUCCGCCCGCGCCGCGUCCCAGCCAUGGCAAGAAACCACCAGGUGCAGAAAGCCAAGCUGGCCGAGCAGGCUGAGCGCUACGAGGACAUGGCAGACUUCAUGAAGGCCGUGGUGGAGCACGGGGACGAGCUGUCCAACGAGGAGCGCAACCUCCUGUCGGUCGCCUACAAGAACGUGGUGGGCUGCCAGCGCUCGGCGUGGAGGGUCAUCUCCAGCAUCGAGCACAAAACCGAGGAGGGCGACGACAAAGCGCAGCUGGUCAACGAGUACCGGGAGAAGGUGGAGCAGGAGCUGAACAGCGUCUGCAACAACGUGCUGGGCUUGCUGGACAAGUACCUCAUCAAGCAGGAGAGCGACCCCGAGAGCAGGGUGUUCUACCUGAAGAUGAAGGGCGACUAUUUCCGAUACCUGGCCGAGGUGGCCACCGGCGACGACCGCAAGUCGACGAUAGAGAAGGCCCAGAAAGCCUACCAAGAGGCCAUGGACAUCAGCAAAAAGGAGAUGCAGCCCACGAACCCCAUCCGCCUGGGGCUGGCCCUCAACUUCUCCGUGUUCCACUACGAGAUCGCCAACGCCCCCGAGCAGGCCAUCUCCCUGGCCAAGACCACCUUCGACGAGGCCAUGGGCGACCUGCACACGCUCAGCGAAGACUCCUACAAGGACAGCACCCUCAUCAUGCAGCUGCUCAGGGACAACCUGACGCUAUGGACAGCCGAGUGCGCCGGCGAAGACGGCGGCGAGCCUGGCGAAGAGCCCAAGAACUGAACGUGCCCGCCGAGCCGGGGCCCGGCCCCACCGCCCCCGCUCCAGACCCUUCGGCAUCUCUUCAUGGUUGUUUUUUUGGUUGGUUUUUUUUGUUUUUUUUGGUUUUUUUUUAAUGGUGGGGGCAGGAGGAGUCUCAGCUCCUCCACGGCCACCCCAGCCUGGAUGCCGGGGGUGGGGGUGGUUUUGGCAG